AUGACGGGAGAGGAAGACAGCGACGUCACCCUUGAGGCUAUUCCUGCGGUGAAUGCUCUUCUUGAGCUGGACGAGAUGUCCUUCGAAGAGUUAGGCGGUGCCUUGAAGGCAGGCGACUUAGCCGAAGUGGCCAUUGUACGACCGAAUGAGGGGAUCAACUCGUCGUCGCUUCGAAAUGAAGAUGUCCUGGAGGACACCAAGAGAGUGUUGAACGCACGCAGUGGAUCGUCGAUCCUAAGAAAUUUCUCGGCAUCGUACUAUCCGUUGGCGAAGGGAUUUCAAGACGUCGUCUCCAAGGAUCCACCGUCGUUUCUAGCUCCAGGCCGAGGUGUGCGUCAUGAGAUUGACCUGAUUCCGGGAACCGAAUACUGCGUAACACGUUAA